CUGGCAUGACCUUUUCCCUUGGCAACCACUUCCUCCGAGCAUCCACGGCCAUCUUUAAUUUUAACUCAUUCAUGAAAAGUUAUUUUCCUAAUGUAAACACGCAGACUGAUCUAUUUGCGCACAAGGCGACAUCGAAGCUGCUGUGUGCAUGUAGUUUCUGCCGACAAGCUCCAAAAAACAACCGCACCGCAGUUGGCUGUCCGCCGAGAUAAAGUAAACACCGAAAGCGAUGAGAAAAAAGCAGACUGUCAAACAGAGGAAGACUGAGGAGACAACAGUUGUCCAAGAGUUUGUGGUGGAAAAAAUAAUUCGUCGUAGGAUCUCUAAUGGAAGAGUGGAAUAUUUCCUCAAGUGGAAAGGCUUCACAGAUGCUGACAACACGUGGGAACCAGAGGACAACUUAGACUGUCCUGAACUCAUUGAGGAGUUCCUGAAAAACCUCCACCUGUCUAAGGACAAUGAGGAAGAGGACCACGGACUGCAAGAGCCCAAAUUAAUCCCCAAAGAAGAGUCGGCCGAGCAGGAGACGGAAAUUUCCCAGCAGAGGGCCUACACUGGGCAGAGGGGCGGCGAUGUCCGUGAGCCAGCUGACGAGCAGUCAGAGACUAACCUCAGCUCUUACCUCGAGCCUGAGUGCAUCAUCGGCUCCACGGACAGACAGGGAGAGCUCAUGUUCCUUGUCAAAUGGAAGAACUCGGACGAUGUGGCCUUGUUGCCGGCCCGCGAGGCGAGUGCCAGGUGUCCCCAGGUGGUCAUCGACUUCUACGAGCAGAAGCUGACCUGGCACUGUGGGGACGACGAGCAAUGAAGUGUGUGCGUGUGUGUGUGCAUUUGUGUGUGAGUGUGUGUUUAUAGGCUGUGUACAAGAGCAUGGAGGCGAACUGAUAAAACAGCUGCGUUCAGGCCUGAAGCUUAGUUUAACCUCCAUCGAGUGUCCUCCUUCAGCUGACAUUAGAGGCACGCUGUGUGAAAUUAUGUCACGCUGCAGGUAGAUUUACGAAUUCUGGCAGGCACAAGAACCUCAGUGGGGAUGAAUUUUAAGUGCUCUCAAUCCUGUGGUGCUCAAUGAGGUCAUUGUGCCUUUGGAGAACACGAUAGAGACUAAAACUAACCUUUGAGUAGAGUAAUUGAUUAGGGGGAAAACUAACCUGUAGCAGCUUUGGUCCUGUGUCAUCAUGUAGCAGACACAAUCACUGUGGACAUGUGUUUUGUUUUUCAGAUUAUAUAAAACAUAGUAAUUUGCUAUUUACAGAAUAUUUAGCUACAAGGACUCUUCCCUUGGACGGGCCCUUGGUUGUCUAAUGUAUGCUUUAUAUCAUGUACGAAACCUUUGUAGGCAGAGUAAACCUAACUACUGUCAAAACUGUACCUCCAGGCUAUCUGCCCAUUUGGUUAGAGCUGAUGAUUGUAGAUCUGUUGUCUGAUCAUGUGUGUGGUUUCAAGUUGUACUGUGCAAGGUGUAGCCAAGCCUUUAACUGUGUCCCACUGUGUAUGACCCUUGUGGUUGAUGUAGAUUAUUUGAAAAUGUUGCCCGCCAAAUAUUUUUUCCGUAUGUCCAAUCAGCUGCUAUUUACCAAACCUUAUUUGCUCCAUUGUAUCUUCUUGAACCAAACCCAGAAGGUUUUUUUUUUCUGUUUUUAUUCAAUAAGGAUUUGGUCUGUUACCUUAUCCUAAAGUGAGGUUUGGGCAAAAUUAUCCAGCAAGGCUUAAUGUUUCUAAAGUAAAUUCACUAAAACUUUACAUGGAGAAGUAAAUCUGUUGAGAUGUGUAAUUAAAAAAAAAAAGUGUACUUUUUGUACGCCUACAGCCUACAAGAUUGUUAAAUGUAGCACUUUAGAUCUGAGACUGCCCAGUUAUCCAGGGCACUGUCUUCCAGUAGUUGUUCAGGUCCAUAUGUGGCACCUGUAAUGUAUCCUGAUGGCACUGUCCUGACUUGACAUAUCUCCCAUGACUGGACUGUUAUGGGACAAUCAGCUGAACCUUAAACCUCUUUAAACAUACCUGCUACUGAAUUAUUGUAACUGUUUGACCAUGGAUCUGUGAAGUCUCUGUGAAUAAAGGAAACAUCCUGUGACCCUUUA